GGAGUGUCUGCUGGAGGUGGGUGGAAGUGGAAGUGGAAGUGGAAGAAGUGCUGGAGGCGAAGUUGGUCUUUGGGAUGCGGCUCUUUGUCUGUCCCCGUGAUCUGGGCUUUGACGGCAAAGAAACAAGAGCAAAACUAGACUUUGAUAGUAAAGGAAAAAUACCAGAGCGAAUAAGCGAGGGAAGAGAAAAGGAAGAGAAGGGAUUAUUAGAUACACGUAUAGCAGUAAUUAGAAUUAUUGCUCUGGUAUUCUGGUAAACUAAGCCAUUGUCCCAAGCACCGUCAUGCACGGGUCCACGAUGUUGUACAGUAGUUAUGUAGUUACAUGAUUUACCUAGGUAACUAGUUAGAGAUCGUGGCGGGUGCUUAAUAUAUUGUGGAGCGGCUUCUCGCUUUCUCUGGGAAACUGACAUUCAUUCCUACCACGCUUUACAUCUCCAGUGCGCCAUAUUAUUCUUUCAUGCAGAAACAGUUCCUCUACAGACAACAAGAAACUGCCCUGAGACAUACACCCCGUUGUUGUUGGAAUUGUUGCAUUUCUUCGAUCGCCAUGUGCAAGCACAUCCUGAAUGCCCAGGUCUCUAUCCGCUCGCCAUGCUGCCGACGAUGGUUCGACUGCGCGGAAUGCCACCAAGAACAGGAGAAUCAUGAGCUGCUACAGUCGUUUGAUAUGACAUUCGCCUGCAAGAAGUGCAAAAAGUGUUUCCGGAAGGACGCGCGAGAAUUCGAGGAGAGUGACGAAUACUGCCCACACUGCGAUAACCACUUCGUCCUUGAGGCCCUCACGCCCAAACCAGCCUUGAAGAUCGAGGGAGAGGAUGCCCGGGUUGAUUCUAGAAUGCUGAAGGAUGAACGAGUGCGGCAAGAGGAGGAGCGGACAAUCUUCAAUGUUAAGGAUGCGCCUAAUCGGCUUGGAUAAGAUGGGAUAUUGGAUGGUGGAUUAGACUGAUGUGAUGUUGUGUAGCACGUGGGCGUGCCGUAGAGGUUUCAUGACGAUAUGACCAUACAUUAUUUCCCUAAUUUCUUAUUGCCUUUUUUUUUCUUUCUUUUCUUUUCCCUUUUCUUCUAUUUCUAUUUUGUAAAUGCAAUUAUACCAGACGAGAUUGAAAUUAGGGAUUUUUAGACGGUUAUUGGGUAGGCAUAAAAACAUAGAAAUCCUAGGUGACGCAAAAUCCAUGGCUGAUAAAGAAAAAAAAGGACACAAUUCAUCCAUUACGGCCAAUAAAUAGCUAAAUAAAAGACAUUAAACACCCAGCUCAGCUUUCCGAUGCCUCUCCUGCGCCCCGGGUUAAUAUAGCAGCAGUCCCUGUCCCCGGAGUUCGACCGGUUUUCUUCUUAGCAGCCUCCUCCUGCUUCUCAGCCUCUAUGCUCUUGACAUAAGCCUCAAUCUGAUCACUAGGCAGCAGUUCCAUAGCCUUCCCGGGCGCCAUGAUGGCAAUUUCGAUAUUUUUAGCCCCCGUCUGCACGACCUCCAACAGCGACUUGAUUGUCAGCUGAAUCGUCGCUUCCC